GAUUUUGUUGUUAUAAAGACGCAUUGAGUAAGAUUGUAAUUGAUAGAAAACGGUUGAACUGCGCAGAGUUCAGCUCAGUCGAGGCAGCAGCGAGGAGAGAGGACAGCCAGCGGAGCGGGCUCGCUUUCGGCUUUAUUAUGCUCCAUUUGAUCGCUUAUCACCCACCGAACUGACAGGACUCAUGGUGAAGAGAAAGAAGACGUCACCUACUGCCGAAAAGCGUGAAAAUUGCAUGACACCGGGAUCCAGGGAGGGGAUCGGUAUCGAUGGGAAGAGGAAUCCGUCCAGAAAGCCCGACGGUUGCGACGAGGAGGAGAGCGGAGAGCAGGCGAGCGAGGAGCGGAGUACAAAGGGAGACGACCGAGUGGAAAUUCUUAAUCCAUCAGCCACGGGUCUCGGCUCCGGUUCAGCCCACGUCCUCCCUGCCUCCCCACCGAACCGGACCGGGUUAGGCUCGAACCAGCAGCCGCCGACCCCGUCCGAACCCGCCCCUCCGUGUCACGACCAGCAUCAUUUUCUACGAUCCAGCGUUAGACCUCCGAGCAAACGGAUACGGAAGGAUUCAAUCAGCGCGACGAUCAAUGGACAUGGCGGGGCAAAAUCGAAAGGUACUUUGGGGUGAUCCGGGGGUUCGAAUCCCUCCAUCACCCACUUAUACAUGUACACACAUCUUUGCGAUUCAGCUGAGACUCAUGAUGUUUGUUUUGUUGUUGUUGUCCAGUCCCUCCAGACCUCACAGGGAGGCAACACUUCUGGCAUUUACAACUAAAGUUUUGCAACACCUCCUCUUUUUCCUGCACAAAACUGAGAAGGAGGGGAAGCCAGAACGUGAUUAAAAAUAAAAAAAAUGGAAGCUUAUUAAUUUUAUUUUCUCUUAACAUUUCAGAAAAAAAUGCAGCUUUUUGUAAUUGCAUCCUGGG